GCACGUAUGUCGUCGUAAAAGCACUCGUGGCAUCCGCCGCCUUGCGAGGAUGAGCGCCGCCGAGACGUCGAUCUGCAUUUCCGUGCUUUGCGUGUACGUCCUCAGGGCCACGCCGCCACCCCGCGCCAUUAACCACUCGGCUUACGCGGCCGAGCCAUCCUUGGAAAUCCUGCCGAGCGGGGACAUACAGACGAAGGCAAUCGGGAAGAGCAUCAUCCUAACCUGCAAACCCAUCGUCGAAAACACGAAGCUGGUCUCGAACAUACAAUGGUUCGAUCCACAGGACCGCGAGAUCGACUCAUUGAACUCGUACCCGGCCCAUUCGAAGCCGUCGAUGUACACCGAGAUGCACCAGGGUAAAAUCUUGACCCUGUUCUUCAACUCUCUGCAAGAGCAGCAGGCCGGGAAGUACACGUGCAAAGCCACUUACGCGAAUUCGAUCCAGCUGCACAAGUCCGUGACAAUCGAUGCCAUAGUUGCGAUCACUUGGGAGAAUGCGCCGAUCAAUCAAUACCCCAUCCUGGGAGAGGACUUCUCUAUUCUGUGCAAAGUGCGGGCCAGGCCUUCGCCCUCGGUCGACUGGCUGUACAACGGCGAGUUAAUUAAAACGAACGAUCACUACAUUAUAGAAACGUUUGCCCUGAAGAUCAAGAACGUCCAGGAAUCCGACGACGGCAUCUACACUUGCCGAGCUUCCGUGCAGGCUACGGGAGAGCUGCAGGAACGAGACAUCCACGUCGAGGUCCACAUACGGCCGACGGUGGAGGAGCCGACUAGUCCGAUAGACGUGAUCGAAGGGGAAGACGCGAGCAUAAAGUGCAAAGCUCACGGCAAACCGCCGCCAAAAUACACCUGGGUGAAAUCACUCACGCACCAGAACCUCUCGAACGCAGACCGCUUCGGGGUGGACGCGGACACGGGCGUGUUGACCAUCACGAACGUGAACAGAGACGACUCGGGCGAGUACCAGUGCACAGCGACGAAUCUCGCCGGUACAGCCACUACGAACAUCAUGGUGAACGUGAUCGUGAAACCCAAGAUCAUAGAGUUCAUGAACAGCACCGUGGUGCAGGACAAGGAAGCUAGCCUAGUGUGCAAGGCCUUCGGUAGACCGCCACCCCAAGUCACCUUCAGGAAGCUGACCGCCGAGAAGCCUUACACGAAAGGGGCGCAACUGGACGAUGACAGAAUCGUGGUGACCAACAGCCCAGACGACAUCACCGGCGAGACAGUAGGCACUCUGACCAUCAGCGAGACUCUGAGAUUGAACGACGGAUUGUACGAGUGUAUCGCUGAGAACUCUGGUGGCGAGGUACGCAGGAACGGUCAUUUGACAGUGGAGUUUCCACCGUCCUUCGCUUCUAUGUCGAAUACCACUGUCUGGUCGUGGGAGCAGAGGCCAGUGAACAUCAGCUGCAUCGCUGAGAGCAUACCCAAUGCUACCAUUCGCUGGACCAUGUUCGGUGACCAGAAGAUUGACAACGAUGCUAUGAUCAAGCAACUGGGCAACGGACCCCUGUCCACUCUCAUGAUCAUGCCUCUGGACAAACGGUAUUACACCACUUAUAAAUGCAUCGCGUCCAACACCCAUGGCACACGGGAGCAUACCAUUGAACUGAGGGAGGCUACGAAGCCGGGAGAGGUGCAGCAGGUGAAGGUAGCCGACAUGACCGCGACCACCAUCAGAUUCGACUUAGAACCACCUGUCACGCAGCCAGAACUGGUCGUACAAACGAUCACUGUACAGUAUAAGAAGGAUGGUCAGACCUGGAUGGAGGCGAGCAACAUGACGUGGUCCGUUGGUUCGCACUACGUGCUGGGAAAUCUGGAACCGCACACCUCGUACGAGUUCCGGUUCGCAGCUAGGAACGAGGUCGGCCUGGGUAACUGGGGAGCCUUCCGUCGCGAGACGACGCCGGUGAAGACGUUCCCGAACGAGCCAAAGAUAAUAACCGAGUCAACGACGGAGUACACUCUGUCCAAGUUCAGCAAUCAAUACGAGGUGUCCUGGGUGGCGCCAGCCGACAACGGCCAGCCGAUCGACAUGUACGAGAUCAAGUACUGUCAGAUAAAACACGUCUCCGGCGACUGGGAGGUGCUGGAGGAUACCUGUCACACGAAGGACAUCAAGACGCAAGGAAGGCUGAGGCACUGGCUGAAGAACCUCUACUCGGACACGUUCUACCAGGUGGAGCUGAGGGCACACAACGCGAUCGGUUUCAGUAAGCCAGGCUCAGCGAAGUUUAAGACUGCCAGGGGUAUAGAUACUACUGUGCUUCAUCAUCAAGGACCACUGAUAUCAAGCGCAGCCAUAAUCGGUAUCGUGAUCGCGGUACUGUUCAUUAUUAUUAUCGUGAUCGACGUGAUCUGCUGUUGCGCCCAUAAAACAGGAAUCAUAUAUUACGUAUGCGAACGUUCCCGCCGAAAACCAGUGGACGAAGAGGACGCAAAACUUGGCAGAGACGAGAAGGAACCACUGAAGGAAGAGAAGAAAAUCACACCGAUCAUCGACUCGGGACUGCGUCGGGAGACAUCUAUCACGUUUGACGGGAAGAGAUCUGUCUCAAAGACCGGUUUCGUCGGCAAGGAUUCAGCUGUCUAGAUAUUCUUCCAGCGUACUAGAUUGUAAAUCAUCGUGGAAACACUAUUCUGGCCAAAGUGUUCUCGAACGAUAUGAAAAAACCAGCCCGAACAGAGUUUCGUGGUUGCUAAGAAUCUUCUCCUUUAACGAAUUCGAAUUUCAAAAAGUUUUGCGACUCUACUCGGGAUUUGCGCGGGGACAUAGAGCAACGAGAUACUCGAAGCUAUACCUCGUUCUCUGUUUCUAAAACCAGACAUGACGCGCCAUCUCGACACAACCGAACGAUGCAAAAUCCCAUUCGUCUGUUUCAUUCGUGAAAUAUCCAAUGGUUGACAGGAUAAUUUCCGCGUACAUUCUCUUGUCUGGGCCUCCUUAUCGAGAACACGACAAAGUGAUUAUAGCAUUUAUUCGUAAGCAUGCACAUUACCAAUUUGCUCGAUACAAAAUUCUCUGCACGUAUGAUCUUUCACAAGUCCCGACAAAUUCUUUAUUCAUAAGAGAAAUAAAUAUCUCUUCCUCCACUCCUCUCUCCUUCGCCAAUGUAAUAUCAUCAAAGCGUAUGAGACACAAGUGUAAUCCACAAUCUAUGAUAAACACGAAAUGUAUUGUGUUCCAAGAUCGUUUUGGGGAAAAAGAAGAAACUAUUGAUAUAAUGUAACUUAGCGAAUAUUGCAAAAAGGAGGAGUUAGAUAGAUCGCUUACACAAGAAAAAAGAAUGUACAAAAUUAAUCGCGAAAUUGGUAGAAUAUUGGUCGAUAAUUAGUAAUCAUUGCUUCGAGGCACCCUCUAGAUAAUCGCAGUCUAGUACGCUGGGUAGUGUACUGUGUUAUCAUGUGCACAGCACGAAACUGAAAGAAAAAAAGAAAAAAAAACCAGUUUACCUAUUCCAUACUGUUUCUUCUCCGUUAACAAAAAGGCAUCUUCUAACAUUUAGCAUAAAAAUAAGAGCUGAAAUUUGAAGAGCUAUUACAAACGAAGCAGGAACGAACGGAAUGGGUUUCUUCUUCUCUCUCUCUCUCUCUCUCUCUCUCUCUUUCUUUCUCUGUCUUUCUUCAACGAGGUUCGUCAAUUUACAAGAAUCUCUGAUCUAUGUAUAUACUUUGAAAAGUUUUCAUACUCCCUCGACAUGUUCUAUUCAUGUACGUUUCUCAAUUAGAAACCGUGUUAUAUGAUCCACAACACAGGUACAUUUCGUUUUUAUUGUAUUCAACAUGAUUCUAAACGACGAAUUAUCC